AUGGGUCUGGAGGGUCUGCAGCAGGACUUUGUGCGUCUGGAGGAGCUUCCCUUCUCCUCGGAGCAGAAGUGGAUGUCUGUGCGCUGCGUUCACCGCACGCUGCAGGAUAAGCCUGCCGUGUACUUCCUGAAGGGGGCGUACGAGCAGGUGAUCCGUCUCUGCAGCUGCUACAACAGCAGGGGGUCCAGCCUGCCCCUGACCCCCCAGCAGAGGGAGCUGUACCAGCAGCAGAUCAGCUACAUGGGCUCUGCAGGCCUCAGGGUGCUGGCGUUUGCAUCCGGCUCGGAGCUGGGCAGCCUGACCUUCCUGGGUCUGGUGGGAAUCAUCGACCCCCCGAGGUCAGGGGUCAAAGAGGCCAUCGGGAAGCUCAUCAACUCCGGGGUCGCCAUCAAGAUGAUCACCGGGGACUCGCAGGAGACCGCCGUGUCCAUCGCCAGUCGUCUGGGUCUGUACUCUAAAGGCAGCCGCUGUCUCUCCGGAGACGAGGUGGAUAACCUGGACCUGCAGCAGCUCUCCAACAUCGUCUCCAGGAUAGCCGUGUUUUAUCGAGCCAGUCCCCGACACAAGCUGAAGAUCGUCAAGUCUCUGCAGAACAUCGGCGCCGUGGUGGCCAUGACGGGAGACGGGGUGAACGACGCCGUGGCGCUGAAGGCGGCCGACAUCGGCGUGGCGAUGGGUCGGACCGGCACCGACGUCUGCAAGGAGGCGGCCGACAUGAUCCUGGUGGACGACGACUUCCAGACCAUCAUGUCGGCCAUCGAGGAAGGAAAGGGAAUUUAUAACAACAUCAAAAACUUUGUGCGCUUCCAGCUGAGCACGAGUAUUGCUGCUCUGACGCUCAUCUCCUUGGCGACGCUGAUGAACUUUCCCAACCCUCUGAACGCGAUGCAGAUUCUGUGGAUCAACAUCAUCAUGGACGGCCCCCCCGCUCAGAGUCUGGGUGUGGAGCCCGUGGAUCAGGAUGUGAUCCGGCAGCCCCCCCGUAAUGUUCGGGACAGCAUCCUGACUCGCUCCCUGCUCAGCAAAGUGCUGCUGUCGGCGUUCAUCAUCGUCUGCGGGACGCUCUUCGUCUUCUGGAGGGAGUUGCAGGACAACGUGAUCACUCCUCGAGACACGACGAUGACCUUCACCUGCUUCGUCUUCUUCGACAUGUUCAACGCCCUCAGCUCCCGCUCUCAGACUCGCCUGGUGUAUGAGCUGGGUUUCUGCAGUAACAGGACGUUCUGUUUCUCGGUCCUCGGCUCCAUCAUGGGUCAGCUGCUCGUCAUCUACUUCCCCCCCCUGCAGAGCGUCUUCCAGACGGAGAGCCUCAGCUUCACAGACCUGCUGUUCCUGGUGAGCCUCACUUCCUCCGUGUGCAUCGUCUCCGAGGCCGUGAAGGUGCUGGAGAGGUGGAGGGGGUCCCAGAGGAGCCCCCCCCCCCUCCGACUGCUUCCACGAGGUAUGACCUCCCCCGCCCCGCUGACCGGUGAGGAGGAGGAGGAUGAGGAAGAGGAAGGAGCCUCACAAUCGAUGGCACUGACUCGUCAAGUUUCCUGAUGUGAGGAGGAGGAGGAUCUCUGGUCUGUGACUGGAAGAAGCUCCCAGCCUCGGGGGGUUUGUAGUCUAGCUGCCAGCAGUGUGAACGAAUGUUGAGGACCCCAAAGUUUUAUAUUAGAAAUGUAGAGUAGGGUCUCCAGCACAUAGAACCUGCCGGAUGCUAACCUGCAGAUGCUGGACAUUUGCACAAUUAGUAUAAUUUGUGUUAGAUAGCAUAUAUGCAGACGGUAGCUAAAACGUUUUGAGGCCCCUAAAACUUAAAAAUGACCCAAAAUGCAUCCUAAUCAGUCCACAGAGAGUUUAGAUAUAUGUCCUCUUUCUGGUUAAAACUGCUAUUGUUGAUCCUGAAGAUGUCAGGAAUUGAUUCAGCGUCCCUCAACAAACCCCAAAAUGUUCCAAAUCGGCCAAGCCACGUUUUAAGCUAUUACCUAUAUAUGCUAAUUAACACUAGUUAACCCAACUAAUGCUAAUUGUGCAAAAGUCCCAGCAUCUGCAGGUUAGCAUCCAGCAGCUUCUAUGAGCUGGAGACCCUACUCUACAUUUCUAUCAUAACACUUUGGGGUAUCAACAUUUCCUAGUUCACAACAGGACUCUAUGAGCUGAAGACAGACGGUUAUUGGACUGGACUUUUGUUAAACUGGGGGCAAGAUGGAUGCCCCCCCCCCCCCCUCCAUCGUGCUUUAGGACGGUUUCUUCUCCCCGAAGGAUGGAGGAGACGUGCAGUUCUUCUUUUUUAAUCUUCAGAAGGUGUUGACCACUUCUCCACAUGUAUAAGGGUGGAGGUGUGAGGGUGGAGGUGUAAGGGUGGAGGUUUAAGGGUGGAGGUGUAACGGCACUCAAACACGCUGAAACACUUCCUUUUGAGGUUAAAGUAAAUUCUGCUGCUAAAAUUAUUAGUAUUAUGAAUGAUUGAAAGGAAACGAAGUGUGUGUGCACAUCUCACAAAAACAGAUUUUUAAUUACUUUUCUUUUACAAUAUCAUCAUUCCCAAAUAUAAUUAGAAUAAGAGAAAGUCCCUCAAAUGUUUUACGUGAUUUAAACAUUAUUGUUAUUAUUGUUAUUUUUACUACACUAUUUUCCGAUCCGCUCUAAUUCAUCACGAGUGGUUCGUCGUCCCGUGCUGCAUCUGUAAUUAAAGAUAGGUAGUGUUUCCAGAAGCCUGCACACUAAGAGAUUUAAAGGAACAUUUACUAUGUUUUCAUUUCCUUUGGGUACGGACCAACAGAGGGGAAGUACAGCUGCAAAAGUGACCAAAGCAUCUGAACCAAAAACCAGUGUAUUAGUAAUGAACGUGUCGUUACACCUCCACUUCACGGGCUUGCUUUCUGUGAUCUGUGCUUGUUUUUUUUUAUGCUUCUUCCUGAGCACACUGGUUCUUAUUUAAAUUAAAAUGGUAUUUGUACAGCUGAUGACAAAUGCUUUUUUCUUGUCAUAUUUAAUAUAAAUAAAUAAAGUUCCUGUUGAAAAUUCUGAUGCUAAAAUGUGGAUUCCGGCCUCGAAACGCACUACGCGGUGCGUUCAGGGUACACACACUUUCUAGUAAAGAUGCAUUUUUCUCAUCCUGUGCCUUAGAGACGUCAUUUUAAAUAUCUCCAAUAUAAAAACCCUUUAAUCAGUGUCAGCACUCAAAGGGUUUCACAAGAGAAUCUCCUCAAAAUAGUAAUAAAAAGGUUUAUUUACCAUUUUUAUUAAAUGUGGAUGUAUUCUCUUCUUCACCGGGGGGGUCGUCUUCUCUUUAUAGGACAUGGUGCUUUCUGGGAAAUGUAGUUCUAGCAGUUGAAAGUUUAAUUUAUUUAGGUUUUGGCCUGAAAACAUGAACACUAGAAAAUAAAAAUAUAUUUUCACUCGGUUUCCAAAUCAUUCAAUCUUGUUUUAUUUGUGCAAAACUGUGAUAUGUUUCUCAAUAUGAAGUAAAAUAUGAUCCAACCUCUA